AUGAAUCGCUCACCUCGGUACUGGCCGCGUGCUUGCUGUCCUCUUCCAUGGCCUCUUCCUCCGGUGGCCGCCCGUUCUUCGUCGGAGUCCGACAUCAAAACCAAAAACACAGAUCUGGUUUUGUUCGGCCGCCUCUUCACUCCUGCGCUUCCGCGUGACUCUCGACCGUUUCCGCACGAGUCCCGGACGAACCCGCGUUGGAUUGUGGGGUUUUGUGGCGGUCGGCGAUGGGGGGUUUCUGGCGAGAGGAGGAGGGUUUGGGGGGCGUCGCUGCGGACGAAGGGGCGGGGUGGAGAAGAAGAUAAGAGUUUCAAUCAAUUGCAUAGGGGCUCUCAUUUGCCUGUCUCUACGGAGCCACUGGUGGGCAAGUCUUCGUUCGAGGGAAAGCUGGGGAACGUUUUGCUGUUAGGAACUCACUCGGUCAGGCUGUCGUCGAAGGCACCGGAGACCAUUGCUGCGAAUACAUGA